AUCCUCUGCAAGAACUGCAUUUCUGUUGCUAUUCGCUUCUCUCUCCUCUCUCUCUCAUCUCCUUUGACUUGUCCCUCCAUAGCUUGCGUUCGAGCAGUAUAUAGAUAAUUCAAUCUCACGUCUUCUUCUUCCGUUUUAUACUCUCCAUUAAUUGUAUGCGACAAACAUAUACAGAGCGGAUAUAAUCGAAUUAUGUGAAGAAAAUUUAUCCGAAAAUGGCGUGUGUUGAUGUUAAUAUGAACAGCGAUGUUAUUCCGAUGGUGGGAUUGCAGGAGCCCAGUAUUGAUACGGAUAAAUUGAGCUAUGAGAUUUUUUCCAUCUUGGAGAGCAAGUUUUUGUUCGGUUACGAUGAUCAGAAGCUUUGGGUUCCCCGCCAAAUUGGUGAGACGCUGCCGGCCAAGAAUGGGGUCGUCGCCGGCGUCGAGGAUGGCGGGGUUCAGGCCGUGAAGAAUCAGAGGGGGAAAAUCUGUAUUCUCAGUAUCGACGGCGGAGGGAUGCGGAGCAUUGUAUCGGGUAAGGCGCUGGCGUAUUUGGAAACUGCGUUGAAGAAUAAGUCGGGAAAUCCCAACGCCAGAAUCGCCGAUUAUUUCGACGUUGCGGCAGGCACCGGCGUCGGUGGGAUUUUUACGUCGAUGCUCUUUGCCGCGAAUGAUCAGAACCGGCCGAUUUUCCAAGCGGACGAAACGUGGAAGUUCCUCGCGGCUGAGGGCAAAAAGUUCUACAGCUCCGCAAAAGCAGGCAAUUCCAAGGGCAAGUUCUUCAAACGGAUUUUCAAGAAAUCCGGCGGCGCAACCGGUUCAUCCACGGCUGGGUUGGAGAAGGCGAUGAAGGAGGCGUUCAAGGACGCAAGAACCGGGCGCAGCUUGACGCUGAAAAACACGCUUAAACCGGUUUUGAUCCCCUGCUAUGACCUCUCCAGCACGGCACCGUUUUUGUUCUCCCGAGCUGACGCUCUAGAAAGCGACAGCUACGACUUCAAUCUGUGGGAAGUCUGCUUGGCCACGUCGGCGGAGCCGGGUGCAUUCGACCCGGUUUGCAUGAAGUCGGUAGACGGGUUGACACGUUGCGUGGGGGUCGACGGCGGGUUGGCGAUGAACAACCCGACUGCGGCGGCCAUCACGCACGUGCUGCAUAACAAGCAGGAAUUUCCAUUCGUCAGAGGAGUGGAGGACAUUUUGGUCCUUUCAGUGGGGGCCGGCGGGCAGCUGUUGGAGGGCAGCUUUGACUAUGAGCAGGUCAAGAAAUGGAAGGCUAAGGACUGGGCCCGGCCCUUGGCUCGGAUUUCCGGCGACGGUUCUGCGGAGCUGGUCGAUCACGCCGUCGCCAUGGCUUUUGGCCAGAGCCGUAGCAGUAAUUACGUCCGGAUUCAGGCAAACGGAUCCAGCUUUGGGCGGUGUGGAGCGAAUGUUGACUCGGACCCCAGUCCAAGCAACAUAAAAAUGCUCAUCGGGAUGGCUGACGAAAUGCUGAAACAGAAAAACGUCGAGUCUGUCCUCUUCAACGGCAAGAGGAUCGGAGAGCAAAGCAACUUUGAGAAACUCGACUGGUUUGCCGAGCAACUUGUGCUGGAGCAUCAGAGGAGGAGUUGCAGAAUAGCUCCCACUGUUGCAUUCAAGCAGUCCACCCCAAAAGCUUCUUAAACAACUUCAGACAGUACUCAAAAUACUUGUUAAAAAAAAGGUAAAGGUUUAUGAACUUGGAACGACAAAAACCCAAAACCAAAAAAAAAGAAAAAACAAAAAAAGAAGACAAACAAGUAAAGUAAUACAUAGCAGCAGCUUUCACUUGGUGGCCGGCAGGCGGCGGAGCACGGUGGUAGCCACCUCACCAUGGAGGUCAUUUGACUUCCCUAAAAUGUGUUUGGUGGUGGUGGGCAACCUCCUAUUAUUUUAGCCUAAGUUCUUGGUGUACUCUUUGUGAAUUUUCUAUUUCUUUUUUUUUUCUAAUUUAAUUUUAGUGGUGGAAAAUAGGGUUGGGAUUGAGAGUGGGUCCCAAAACAGCCAUCAAUUUGGAUGAAUGAUUUGUGAUUUGGACUUUGAUGUGGAGCCAAUUUCUCAUGUAAAAAUUCCAAUUCCAAUUUUUUUUUUUUUGGUUUUUUUACCUUUUGAUGUAAAAAAAAAA